GUGAACCGACCCAGAGCCAUGGAGGGUCAGAGCGUAGAGGAGCUCCUGGCAAAGGCAGAGCUGGACGAGGCGGAAAAGCUGAGACGUAUCACGGUGCAUAAGGAACUGGAACUGGAGUUUGACCUAGGCAACUUGCUGGCCUCGGAUCGGAACCCCCCAACCGGACUGCGGUGCGCGGGACCCACAUUGGAUGCCGAGCUGCGGAGCCUGGCGCGGGACAACAUGCAGCUGAUCAUCAACCAGCUGUGGCAGUUGCCCACGGAGCGCGUGGAGGAGGCGCUGGUGGCCCGGCUGCUAGAACCCACUACCCGCCUGCCUCCCGAGAAGCCGGUGCCUAGGCCGCGACCGCUGAUGUGCUGGCAGCAGUUCGCGCGGCUGAAAGGCAUCCGACCCAAGAAGAAGACCAAUCUGGUGUGGGACGAGGUGAGCGGCCAGUGGCGGCGCCGUUGGGGCUACCAGCGCGCCCGGGACGACACCAAGGAAUGGCUGAUCGAGGUGCCCGGCGGAGCCGACCCCCUGGAGGACCAGUUCACCAAGCGGGUUCAGGCCAAGAAAGAACGGGUAGCCAAGAACGAAUUGAUCCGGCUGCGUAACCUGGCCCGUGCGCACAAGACGCAGCUGCCCAACGCGGCCGGCCUGCACCCCACGGAACACCAGAGCAAAGAAGAGCUGGGCCGCGCCAUGCAAGUAGCCAAGGUCUCCACCGCUUCGGUGGGACGCUUCCAGGAGCGCCUGCCCAAGGCUCCUCAUGGCGCUGGUAAGAAGAGGCAAUUCCAGCCCCUGUUCGGGGACUUUGCAGCCGAGAAGAAGAAUCAGUUGGAGCUGCUGAGAGUUAUGAGCAGCAAAAAGCCUCAACUGGACAUUAUCAGGGCCACCAAUAAGCAGCUGAGGGAGGAGGACCAGGAGGAGGCCGCCAAGAGGAGAAAACUGAGUCAGAAGGGCAAGAGAAAGGGGGGGCGCCAGGGGCCUGGGAGCAAGAGGAAAGGGGGCCCGCCCAACCAGGGAGGAAAGAGAAAAGGAGGCUUUGGAGGCCAGAUGAGUUCCGGGCCGCCUGGCUUGGGUGGCAAGAGGAAAGGAGGGCGGCAGCACCAAGGAGGAAAAAGGAGAAAGUAA